CUACUGCUACUAGUCAUGUAAUAAGUAAUAACCCCCUCAGUCCAAACACAUCUCUGAUGCUUCUCCUAUUUUCCUCUCUGCUCCUGAACCUGGUCCUUUUUAAAAUUUUUUUACUUGCACCUGUGAACUCUGAAGACAAGGGAAGAGGUUCUUUUCUUUUUCCUCUUUGAAAGUUCCUUUCUUUUUCUUUUUUUUCUUCUUCUUCAACAAGAGAUGAGUGGAAGAAACAGGUUUCCCUUCUCUGCAUCUCAAUGGCAAGAGCUUGAACACCAAGCUCUAAUCUUCAAGUACAUGGCCUCAGGCAUCCCUAUACCACCUGAUCUCCUCUAUACUAUCAAAAGAAGCUGCCUUGAUUCUUCUCUCUCUUCAAAGUUCUUCCCUCACCAACCUCAUCAACAUGUUGGACUUGGAUGGAAUUGUUUGCAGAUGGGUUUGGGGAGGAAGAUAGACCCAGAGCCAGGCAGAUGCAGAAGAACAGAUGGUAAAAAAUGGAGGUGCUCAAAAGAGGCAUUUCCGGAUUCAAAGUACUGUGAGAGACACAUGCACAGAGGGAAAAACCGUUCAAGAAAGCCUGUGGAAGUUUUGAAAACAACAACAACAACAUCACCAUCAUCAACAACAACAAACCCAUCAACUUCAACAAUCUCAUCAAUCACCAAGAACCACUCCGCUGCACUAACCCCAACCUCUCAUUAUCCUAAUCCUUUUUCUUCACUCUCUUCAAUGUCAUCCUCAGAUACCCAUCACAGCCACCUUCACCAUUCUUACUACACUAACAGUAACCCUCCUCACCACCACUUCCUUUAUCAUAAUCCCACAUCUUCUUCAAGGACUCCAGGUAUUGGCUUGUCACCUCAUGACAACAAUACCACCCCAUUGCUUUUGGAGUCUAGCCCUUACUCCCAGACGAACACAGAUUUCAGAAGAAACAGGUAUAUUUAUGGGCUGAAAGAGGAGGUGGAUGAGCAUGCUUUCUUCUCAGAGCCAUCUGGGACUAUGAGAAGCUUAUCCGGUCCAUUAUCCAUGGAUGACCCAUGGCAACUCACACCACUGACAAUGAGCACAUCUUCUUCAAAACAAAGGAGCUGCUCUGGUUUACAAAACCAGAGUGACUACUCUUCUUACUUGCAGCUUCAAAGCCUCAGUGAUUCCACCACAAAACAAUCAGAAGGAGACCAGCAUUUCUUUGUUCUGGGUAGUGAUAUCAAAUUAAUGGAGAAAGAACAACCCCAACCCCAGAAGACCAUUCACCAUUUCUUUGAUGAAUGGCCCCCUAAAGAGAGAGAUUCAUGGGUUGAUCAGUUGGAUGAUAAAUCAUCAAAUAGCUCAUCAGUUUCAACAACCCGCCUAUCCAUUUCCAUUCCUAACUCCUCUCAUCAUGAUUUCCCCAUCUUCAGUUCCAGAACCCAUAAUGAUGGUUGAGCUUUCAGUACUGAUGAGUUUCUGAAUCAAAAGCCAAAAAUGUACUUAUGUGGUGGGGGGACAUGGUUUUGUGUGAGGUCUAAGAACUGCUGGUCUUUUCUCUCUCUUUUUUUUCUUUCUUUUUUUCAGGGAAUGUGGUUGGGCUUGGUUAUCUGUGUUUUAAUUGUAGGAUCCUAUGUCUUUUGCCUUUUUAUUUCUGUUCCUUUCCACUUCACUUCAUAAAUAGUUUGAAUUACUCAGCCAAAUCGGUGUCUUAUUACUAAGCUUAAAUUUUGAUUUGUAUCUUCUGGGUUUUAUUCAAUGUUCUCUGUUUGUUUGCUGCAA